GUUCACGAGGAGUUCACUCGCAUACAUUAGGUAACACCAUCGCUCGCGCUGACAUAACUAGUAUGAAGCAGGUUGAGUUGAGACAUUCGUCAAUAAAGACGAGAUAAGAGGAAGAAGUCCUGGAAGUAACUUUGUUAUGCAAAACAGCCUCCAGAUCUGGACUUUAACCGUCGUCCCGCUGCUGCAACAUGCAAACACUUUCAGACCGGCUGCGGGAAAUCUGGGUCUGAUCCCGAGCGCACACGCCCCUCUGACUGCAACACGGGCACGUUUUUACUGCUAAAACACCGUUUGCACCAAAACACAGAGGAAGAAACCCGCCCUGCUGCGGAGAAUUGCACAUGCAGACGUUUCCACUCGGACUUUGCAGACUCUGAAGCCACAUCAUGUUUGACUAUCUGGAGUUUCAAGCUUUCGGUCCUGGAGAAAUCAUGGACUUGUACACUUCCACAUCCAGCCCCGCGUGCACGCUGCAGGAGCAGGACCAGGAUCUGGCAGCCUACUUCCCCGAGCUGAUCGAGGCGGACUGGCAGCAGCACCGGUGCUCACAGUCCGUCGGAAGUCAGAGCUCCAGCUCCAGCUCAGACGACCUGUUCGCCAGCCCCGCCUCCCCGCCGCCGCCUCCUCGCACAUACAAACCCUGUUUUGUGUGUCAAGACAAGUCCUCGGGCUACCACUAUGGCGUCAGCGCCUGCGAGGGCUGCAAGGGCUUCUUCCGGCGCAGCGUGCAGAAAAACAUGGUGUACACCUGCCACCGAGACAGAAACUGCAUCAUCAACAAGAUCACCAGGAACCGCUGUCAGUACUGCCGGCUGCAGAAGUGCUUCGCAGCGGGAAUGUCGAAGGAGUCAGUGAGAAACGACAGAAACUCCAGGAAGCUGAAGAAGGAGGCGGUGAAGAUGACCGUCAUGGAGACGUACGAGCUGACGGCGGAGCUCGGCCUGAUCGUGGAGAAGAUCUGCAGAGCUCACAGAGAGACGUUCCCCUCUCUCUGCCAGCUGGGAAAAUACACCACGAACUCCAGCUCAGACCACCGGAUCCAGCUGGACCUCGGGCUGUGGGACAAGUUCAGCGAGCUCGCCACCAAGUGCAUCAUCAAGGUGGUGGAGUUCGCCAAGAGAGUGCCUGGUUUCACCGGCUUGACCAUCGCCGACCAGAUCACUCUGCUAAAAACCGCCUGCCUGGACAUCCUGAUCCUGAGAAUUUGCACGAGAUACACUCCCGACCAGGACACCAUGACCUUCUCAGACGGGCUGACUCUGACCCGCACUCAGAUCCACAACGCCGGUUUUGGACCGCUGACAGACCAGGUCUUCACGUUUGCCGGCCAGCUGCUCCCGCUGCAGAUGGACGACACGGAGAGCGGCCUGCUCAGCGCCAUCUGUCUCGUCUCUGGAGACCGGCAGGACCUGGAGGAGCCAUCUAAGGUGGAGGUGCUGCAGGAGCCGCUGCUGGAGGCGCUGAAGAUUUACUCCCGCAAACGGCGGCCCAGCAUGCCCCUCAUGUUCCCCAAAGCCCUCAUGAAGAUCACCGACCUGCGCAGCAUCAGCGCCAAAGGAGCUGAGCGGGUGGUGACUCUGAAGAUGGAGAUCCCGGGCUCUAUGCCGCCUCUGAUCGAGGAGAUGCUGGAGGAUCUGCAGAAGCUGGAGAAACACUCUGAGGAGAGCAGAGCGGAGGCAAACAGCAGCCAGCACACACACACACACGCACACACACCGUCUCCUCACAGCACAUGAACUCCUCCGACUCCUCUCUCUGAAAGAACAGUGGCUCCGUCUACCAGAGAAAACGCUAACAACUCAACCACAGAUGCAGUCCAGACGGUUUCUUGUGUCUUACCUCAGUUUCACAGAGACGCCGCCGCGUUUGAAGAAGAGAUGCAGUUGUUUUGGUAACGACUUCGCUCAUGAACGAAGAGCUAAACUCUGCUUCGAAGGGGGAAAAGAGAACGAAGCAGUCAUUGUUUUAUUUGCAUCACAGUUUAAUUUUUCACCUCUCCUUGCAGACACCUCAAAACCACAGAAACAUGUUUCUGCUGUAUUUAUAUUUGCAUGAGAUAUCACAUGGAUUCAUUUUUACCUCAUUAAAUAACAACACCCGUAGCUUUAGUGUAGCAAAGUUAGAAAACGUGGACUUAAAACGUCCACUGCAAUUUAUUAAUUUCCAUAUGUGUAAAAAGACUAACUGAACAUAUUUGGAGAAAAAAAGACAAAUUUAUCUGCACAAAAGGGAAAUGUAAACAUUUUUACUGGUAAGGCUGAAUGUUCAUAACUGGCAUUAACAGUUUUAUACAACUGAGUUCAUACUGGAAAAUAAAUAAUAAGAGAAAAACAAUUUAUUAUCAGUGACGAUAAAUCUUUGAAGUGAACCAAACAAAGUGGUUCAAAUCAAAUCUGCAAAGUGAUUCGUGAUCGGCACCUUUAGCUGAGUUUCACAACAGCAGUUGCAUUUGUAUUGUGGGAUUGUUUGCAGAAAGUACAUGCAGCUCGUCUCAUUUCCAGAGCAUCAAAUGCUCCGCUUUGUCACGCCCAAAGGCAAACUUUAACGUCUUUAUGGGGCACGCCGAGCUCUGUGCAAACCCAUCUGCUGCCAUAUUUGACCCUGAGAGAAACUGAAGUGUUUAAAGUGAGAGAAAGUCGAUGUAGAGCGACACGUUCCACGUGAACUGUAGUUUUAACGUAUCCUGCGUAACCUUCGUCCCAUGUGAAACCAAAAGCCAACGUUUUAAUGUAACGUAACAAAAAGUACGGACUUGCACGCUGGUGUCAGUAACUUGAUGUAUUUACAUCACGUUAUAUUACAACAGUAAUUUCAGUUUUAUUUGCACAAAAUAAGAUAAAGUUGUGCAGUAAUAAACAAAUACAAGUCAUGUAAUAAAAAGUUAACAAGAAAACACAAAGUAAGCAAUGUAAAUAAACCAAACAAUAGAAUAAUAAAAUAAAAAUUAAAUAGAAUAAUAAAGUAAUUAACUUAAUCAAGUAGUUGUGUUGCCUCCCUGACCUCAUCGUGAAAACAUUUUCACGUUUCAGUGUCACUAGAGAUGCUAAACAUUUAAAGAGUUAUGUGAAGCAAUAACAGCUCUGUAGCUCCUGCUGCUUCACACAGCCACAGCAUCAUGUGACCUAGAAAAGUCGAAAAGUGUUUCCACUGUAGUUUUGCGAAAUCUGGCUUUUUCAAACUGCCUGAAAUACAACCUCAUGCUAGCGUGAAAACUUUUCUUCGUAUUUUAUAUUUGUGAUUACAAUUUGAGCAAAUUGAGGGUUGAUGGAAACCCGCCGUGUGAGACACUGAAGGGUGUGACAAGACGUCAGUAUUUGACGUCUGAGGAACGAGCUCAGGUUCAUACCAUGGACGCAUUUUUUCAGUUGACUAAUGCAUGUUUUGUUUUUUUAAGGCACUAUGAAAUUUAAUUUAAUUUCACGCUCAGUGGAGGGUAAAUGUGAAGCACUGUGUUAUUAAUUGGGAUUAAUUUUGGACUCUUUUAGCUUUGCCAACUCACUCCAGAGUCACGCACCCCCUAAAAACCACAAAUUGUUAUUUUACCACUUCAAUUUAUAUACAUUUUUUAAAAAAAUAAAUAAAUAAAAGACAUAAUGUGUUAAUCGGUGAGCUUUAGAGGUGCUGGUCGGUGGAGUUUGUCUCUUUCGGACAGAACCAUGCUAACUGUUUCCCCCUGUUUCCAGUCUUUAUGCUAAGCUAAGCUGCUGGCUCCAGCUUUAUAUUUACUGUACAGACGUGAGAGUCGUAUUGAUUCACUCCGAGCAAGAAGUCAAAUGAGCGCAUUUCCCAAAAUGUCUCACUGCUCCUUUAAGAGCUGUCCGCUCAUCAGGUGUCAGAGUCUCUUAAAGGAACAGUUGUGCUGGAGAUCUGCUUCACUGUUUUUUGCAGUUAUUAAAUUUAAGCUCACUGUAUGUAAAAUAAUACACAACUUUAUUCUUUCUCACAUAUUUUAAAUGCAAAGUUUUAUGCACAGAUGACAUAUUUGUUGCAUAUUGUUCGAAAUUUUUGAGUUCCAGUAUUAAUAAUGAAAAUCCUUUUUUUUAUGUAAAAAAAGGAUUUUUGUCACUUUGUUGAGUUCUGCAUAAACAUAUUUUCUGCAAGUGUUUGUAUUUCUUUAACAAAAUAAGCCAGUUAUUAAAAAAUGCCGCAGUGUUCAUAUCGUAUUAUCACAGAUAACCUUACGUUAUUUUUUCCUAAAUAAAAUACUGUAUACUGUAGAAAUAUCACUAAUAAGAAAGAAAACUUGCAACGGGAGGAAAGAAUCGUGGUGAAAACUUGUCUCAUGUUUGUCAAAACAAACAAAAAGGUACACAUACAGUGGCAUUGUCUCAUUGUUUGCAAAUCAAAUAGGUAUAAAAUAUAAAAUCAGAUUCUUAAAUGACAUUUGUGCCUAAAUAAAUGUACAUUCCCGACACAGACGGAUGUUUACGUUCAUAAAAUGUUGACUGUAAGUGGCAAAACAAGCAGCCUGCGUACUGUAAGAACUCAUGUGCCUACUUCAAAUGUGCAAACAUCUUUUUUUUGUGUGAAUUUUACAUAUUGUGCCAAGUUAACCUGGAACAGAUCACAUUUCAUAUGUUUUUGUUACUCUAUUAAAGUCUU